UUUAACAAAAUCCUAAUGUCCAAUUCUCAACACCAGUCGAAGGCUCGUUAUCAAUCCCCCACUACGGCGCCACCAAGCAAACAAAAUCAGAAACCCCUAAACCACCAAGCAAACCCAAUAUCUUCUCCAUGACCGGAGGCGUGAAGAAUGAAGUUAAAAAGGCGUAUGUUCAGCAGUUAGUAUUAGGUAGAUUAAAUCUAGUUUAGUUAUUCAGCAGCUGAGGUAGCUGAACAAAAGGUAUGGGCUAGAAGUAGCUUGAAACUUCCUCAUAUAUCAGAAUCUAUUAUGAAAACUUUACUCUGAGGUAUUUCAGAAUUGACUUGAAUUUUGAUCUUGUUGGAGUGUAAUUGAACAGAGAGUGUUGUGUAUGCAAUUUUUAGUAAUCAUUAUGUUUAGGCAUACAAUUUUGGGCAAAACUAGUCACCUAUGGCAGAGUUAUGAAUGGGAUUCCUAAAGAUAGAGCGAGCUUGAGGAGAAUUUUGUUUAUAACCCAGAAAUGUAUGCCUAACAAAUGCAAAGAAAGUUUUAAACAACCGGAGGUUCAAAACAAAUGCCCAUCUGUUUCUUAUGAUGAAUUUAUGAUGGCUGACCUUGUUGCAUCUCUGAAAGACUUUUCAAGCCAAGGUCUUUUGGGUAAAGCAUUCAAAAUUUUUUCUCUUAUACGUCUCCAUGCUUCCUCUAGAGAUGUCUAUUUCUUUGAUAUUUUACAUUCCAUUUCUUCACUUUUAUUAUGUUGUAAUAAUGUUAAAGCACUCAGGCAGGGUAAACAGCUUCAUGGUUGUGUAAUCUCAUUAGGGUUAGAACAGCAUCCCAUUUUGGUUCCAAAGAUGGUUACUUUUUACUCAACAUUUAAUUUACUUAUUGAUGCUCACGUUGUUGUUGACAAUUCAAGUAUCUUGCACCCUUUACCUUGGAAUAUGCUUAUAUCUUUGUAUGUUAGAAAUGGGUUGUUUGCGGAGGCUUUUGGUGCUUAUAAACAAAUGGGAAGUAGGGGGAUUAGAGCUGAUAAUUUUACAUACUCGUCUGUUCUCAAGGCUUGUGGUGAAAUGAUGGACUUGGGAUUUGGAAGGGAGGUCCACAAGUCUAUUAAUUCUAGUCAUGAAUGGAGUUUGUUUGUGCAUAAUGCUUUGGUUUCCAUGUAUGGAAAAUUUGGGGAAAUGGGAGUUGCGCGGCAGUUAUUUGAUGAAAUGCCGGAGAGGGACGCUGUUUCUUGGAAUACCAUGAUCUCUGGUUAUGCUUCCAAGGGCAUGUGGGAGAAGGCUUUUGAGAUGUUUGAGAAAAUGCAGGCGGAGGGUGUUGAAUUGAAUAUCAUAACAUGGAAUACUAUAGCUGGAGGCUGUUUGCGGACAGGCAAUUUCAAGGGAGCUCUUGAGUUGCUCUCCAAGAUGAGAACUCGUGGUGCUCAUUUGGAUUCAGUGGCCAUGAUUAUCGGCUUAGGAGCUUGUUCCCACAUUGGUGCCAUUAAGUUGGGUAAAGAGAUUCAUGGUUGUGCUGUUCGGGGUGGUUGUGAUGAUUAUGAUAAUUUUAGAAAUGCAUUGAUUACUAUGUAUUCAAGGUGCAGAGACCUUAGGCAUGCCUAUACUAUAUUUCAGUUGAUAGAAGCAAAAAGUAUUAUUACUUGGAACUCCAUGCUUUCUGGUUACAGUCACAUGGACAGAUCUGAGGAAGCUUCCUUCCUAUUUAGGGAGAUGCUACUUUCUGGGAUUGAACCAAAUUAUGUAACAAUUGCAAGCAUUCUUCCUCUUUGUGCUAGGGUUGCUAAUCUACAACAUGGUAAAGAGUUUCAUUGCUACCUUAUGAGGCGUGAAAUCUUUAAGGACUAUCUAUUACUAUGGAAUGCUCUUGUGGACAUGUAUGCGAGAUCUGGAAAAGUCGUGGAAGCUAAAAGAGUAUUUGAUUUGAUGUGCACACGCAAUGAAGUGACUUAUACUUCCUUGAUUGCUGGAUAUGGGGUUCAAGGAGAGGGAAAAGUUGCAUUAAAACUAUUUGAAGAGAUGGAAAAGUUUCAAAUCAAACCGGACCAUGUAACCAUGGUUGCAGUUCUAUCAGCUUGUAGCCAUUCAGGUUUAGUAGUUGAAGGUCAAAGGUUGUUUGAAAAGAUGUCGAUCAUUUAUGGUAUAUCUCCCUGUCUAGAACACUUUGCUUGCAUGGUUGAUCUCUUUGGGAGAGCUGGUAUGUUGAAUAAAGCAAAACAGAUCAUCUCAAAAAUGCCGUACAAGCCUACCCCUGCCAUGUGGGCUACUCUCUUAGGAGCCUGUCGUAUACAUGGAAAUACAGAUAUUGGAGAAUGGGCAGCUGAGAAAUUGUUAGAAACAGGGACUGAAAAUUCAGGUUAUUAUGUAUUGAUUGCUAAUAUGUAUGCUGCUGCUGGUUGUUGGAACAAGCUUGCGGAAGUGAGGACUUUCAUGAGGGACUUGGGUGUGAGGAAGGCUCCUGGCUGUGCUUGGGUUGAUGUGGGAUCUGGUUUUUCUCCCUUUUUGGUGGGGAAUACGUCAAAUCUGAAGGCAAAAGAGAUUUAUCCUUUAUUAGAUGGAUUGACUGAGCUAAUGAAAGAUGUUGGAUAUGUUUCUGGAGGGGAAUUUUGUUCUGAAGAUGAAGUUAUAGGAUGAAAAUGAAAUAAUUUAUCCCAAAUGGUAGAUUCUUGUUCUUUAGUAUUAUGGGUUGUACGAUUCUCUGGAUCAGCAAUUCAAUUACCAUGUUUAUAUGUAUAUUUGAUGUUACAUAUUCUUGUGAAGCCAGAGUGAACUAUUUGGCAUGAAGAAUACAUGUUAACAGAACCAUUGGCGCUCAUCAGAGGGAUAGGUUGGCACUGAGUAGGUGUUCAUUAUUUGUGUUGCUUCAACUUUGGAGGAAAAUGUGAGCUGAUCACUUCCCUGUCUUGGAUCUGUUGCCAAUUCUGUUCUGUAUGCACAUGCUGCUUUUGUGAUCCUUGAAUGCUCUUUUACAAGGCAUAUAAUGGUCAAUACAAUGUAUCAUGUGAUCUUUACAAUCUGAGACAAACUAUAAAGUCUAGUGAGGAUACUCUUUUACCUGUACUCUGCACCAUUUUCACUUGUGGUAAGGAUGGGUUAGUUAAUUUGAUUUUAUUCUAAUUUGUGUUCUUUUUUUAUCAACCCAAAUUUCAAUGCAACUUUCUGGUGGAACUUGAACCUAUGACUUUAAUUUUUACAAGAAAUGAUUUAAUUACUGAUAUUUUUCUAUUUGUGCUGCGGAAAGCCCUCC